CGGUGUUUGACUUGACAGAUGGCAGGCGAGAGACGCUCCUCUCGGCUGUCUCUCUCGGUCCGUUGGUCCAUCCCGGUUCCCAUUGUCUCCCCUCUCCGCUCCUUGAAGACAACCGGGACACGACAAACUAAACUUAACCGUUAUUCCGCUCACAGCGCCUCGCGCACGUUACGUCAGGAGACUUACCUCGACCCGAAAUCUCACCCUGUCCCUGUCCAGCCGGAAUGUGGACACGCUUUCAUGUCUUUAUUUUAAUUUAACGUCUCAGAAGAUUUAUUUCCUGUAACGGAGGAGGCGGUGAAUGAACCGAGUAACGGCUGACAGGACGGCGGCGGUGUUGUGGAGGAGCUGAACCGGAGGAGGAGGACUUGUUAUCCGACAGAAACGCCGAAAUCAGCGUCCAGGGGCUGGUGACAUAUCACAACAUCCUAGCAACAAUUUUACUUAGCGUCUCCUGAGUGGAUAAAACACCACAUUCAGAGAGAGGACACAAAGAUACUGAAUCACAACCGUUGUUUUGUGGGGAUAAAACACGUUGUGUGUUGGUUCCGGUGUGAAUGAGAAGAUGUUGCCGCUACAUGCCCGUUACUUCCCCUGAGAGGAGAGGAGAGGAGCAGGUCUGUGAGAGGAGGCAGGAUCCAGGAGGCAGGGACCACUUUCACUUGUCUUCUCCACCCUAAAACAAAUUAGGCUGUUUCAAUCAGCCAAAUCCAAGUGGCGCUUAAUCGGAUUAUUAAACAAAAGAGGCUUUAAUCUGGGGGAAUAUAUCCAUCUAAUCUCAGCAUCUCUGCUCCUCUAAGUGGCUACUGUACCGUGCUAGAUCUGUGACAAGGAUGCGACUAAUCGACGUGAUUGGAGACUUUGUGGUCCAGUAGGUGAUGCUUGGACAAGUUGCCCCUGUGUGGACAUAGCUGGAGGGUCACUGUAACCUUUGCUUCAUUGGUGAAGGCAUUUACAUGAUCAGAAAUUAACCCUUCCCAAUUAAUCAAAAUGCACCACAGCACCUGAUUGAUCAGACACUACCUUCAAGGUUUCCCCCCCACAAGCUUCCUGGAUACACCAAGAACAAUUCGUGGACUUGAAUUAUCCCCAAGGCCCACCGUCCAUCCUUUGAUCCCUGACCCCAUGUGUGUUGGAAAUCCAAAGGACCACGUUUCAGGCUGUUUACCUGUCAGCACCCGAGCCAUUUCAAUGAAGUAGUGGCCCCUUUUUCUAUUCCCCCGAGCUCCAGCGAGUACAGGGGCUGCGCUCUGUUCGCCGAGGCCGAGCAGCGAGAGCCUCCACCUGGGCUGCCAGCCAGCCAGACGGCCCUCCAGGGGGCUUUUUGGAUUUCGAAGGUUCCAGCUGGAGGAUUUGGGAGUUUUACCCAGAGUUUCGUCUCCACGUGGAUCGCUGGAGAGAGAGAGGGAGGAGGAAGACAUCAUGGGGUGCUGUAGUGGCAGGUGCACCUUGGCCUUCAUCUGUGGCAUGCAGCUGGUCAGCGUGUUGGAGCGUCAGGUGAUAGAUUUCCUGGGCUACCAGUGGGCUCCCAUCCUGACCAACUUCCUCCACAUCAUUGUUGUCAUCCUGGGCCUGUUUGGCACCAUCCAGUUCAGGCCGAGAUAUGUCACCGGGUACGCCGCCUGGCUGGUCGUGUGGAUGACCUGGAAUGUUUUCAUCAUCUGUUUCUACCUGGAGGUUGGGGACCUGUCCAGAGACUCUGACCUUGUCCUGACGUUCAACCUGUCCAUGCAUCGCUCCUGGUGGAUGGAGAACGGCCCGGGGUGCAGGGUGACACCCAUCACUCCACCUCCCUCCUGGGCGCCCGAGGACCACCGAUAUAUAUCUAUAUCCGGCUGUCUGAUGGAUUUCCAGUUCAUAGAGGUGGCUCACUCCUCGCUGCAGAUACUCCUGGCUUUGAUGGGGUUCAUCUACGCCUGCUAUGUGGUCAAGCUCAUUUCAGAAGAAGAGGAUAGCUUUGAUUUUAUAGGAGGGUUCGACUCAUACGGUUACCAGGGGCCUCAGAAGACCUCCCACCUUCAGCUACAGCCCAUGUACAUGUCGAAGUAAACCCAGGAGCUACUCCCGGAGCGCUGCCUUACCAAUCACCACUGCUUAACAUCCUGCUCCUACUACUCAGACUGUCUCUUGAUAAACAACAACAAAGACAAGUAGACAGGAUACAGAAGAUAUUCUGCGUCUCAGCCUACAAAUCCCCUCUCUAGUACUUGGUCAGAUUGCCUCUCUGGUCUGCUGUUUAUAACCGAGUCAGGUCUGUUCCUGAUGAAACACUGGCCUCGUGUGGCUGAACAUGGCAACUGCAGGACAUGUGAGCAACACCAGUCCAUGCAGCUUCUAUAACAGCUGCUGUUUUUUUUGUCUCUGAUGGACACAAUCAGGAGUGGAAGACAUGCUUCCUCUUGUGAGGUUGGGUAUCUGCAUUGUGAAGGAAAACACAGGGAUGUAGAGAAACCCACUGGAGUUCAGCCCUGUUUCUUCAAGCUACUGCAGACACGUGCAGGUAUGCCUGACCAAAGAGUUAAAAUAAAACAGAGACACAUCGUCAUGUAUAAAUAGAGCCUGUUUAACCAUCUCUGGAACUUUCUGCUCUCUGUGCCUGACACAUCAGACACUGGACUUCCAACCAGACCGACUGAGCAUCAUUUAACAACACUACCGAUACAGGAAUGUCAGACAUCUUCUUUUUUUCUAAGGUUACUUUUUGGUGCGUUUGGACUCUUGUUGCAGCAAAGACGGGAGCUCGAACACAAUUUUAUUCCGUGGUUUCAUCUGAAACGUUGAAUGUCAAACAACAGCUCGACAUGUAGAUUUACAUACCUUCAUUCCACAUAUGCAUGUGUAUAUGAGACACACACAUUCACAUAGACAGGCAUUCAGUAAUGCAUAUGUGAAUCCACACAUGCAUGCACAAACACACACACGCACACACACCCAUACACACACACAUAACAGAUGUAUUAACGUUUUUACUACUAAUGUGAAUCUUAACAAUGUUUACAGUAGAAAUCAGUCUGCCGGACAGAAAGACUGAACGCCUGACAGACAGGCGGACUCUCUAGCUGCAGCAUCCCAAAGGCCACGGGGUGUUUUCUGCCAUAUUAAUACAGACGGGACAGCUGUUCCAGAUGUGUCUCUUGCUGUCUAAAUAUUUUGUCUUCCAUCCAAGACAGAGCAGUGGAGGUAGGUAGAGAUAGAGACAGAACACGACAAAGAAAACAACCCCAGAAGAGGCAACAGUUUCCGCCUCAGUCCUUUUGUAGCUCUCAAUGCCAAGCUUCAGUCGUCACACAUCUCUGUCAGCAAGCAAGUUUUCCCUUUUUCUUAAUUAUAAAAAAAGGCUGGAGGCCAGAUCAAGUGCCCAGUCAGCCCAAUCUACAGCAGCCACCUCUUCGCAAAGGUUCAGUGUGUAGGAUUUAUGGGGAUAUUUUGGCAAGAGUGGGAUAUAAUAAGAAUCGUCGUGUUUUUGUUUCCUUAGAAUGAGCCGUUUAUGUCAACAUAGGGAGAGGUCAUAGAUGUAUUAAAAGACCUAGAUGCAGCGUUUGAGGGGCACAUGAAGCCAAAAACAUUCAACUACCGCAUAUAAAAAUUACCUGAAUGAUUGGUGCUGCUUCUACAUCAUCGGGCACACAGAGCAGGUGCAAUGGAGAAUUUCAGUGGUUGAGCUGGCGGCACAGCGGUAUCCUUAGAGCAAGAGGGUUCCUGGUUCGACCCCUUCUGUCCCCGUGUCAGUGUGGGUUUUCUCAAGGUACACCAGCUU